AUGGCCGACGUCAAGGAAGGGAGAGACCGAGAGGGCCGAGGUGAGAAGAAGAGCUUUUGGGGCAGCAUUUUCCGGAACAGAAGCCUCGCGAAGAAAGGGAGACUGGAAAAUCCGGAAUCGCGCAGAGCGAGUGACGGAGAUGUCGCCCCACGCAGACGUCGGUCCCUUGCCGACCUGCCCAAGGCCUCGAGGACGGUCGAGUCCCCGAACGGUCAACCUGAGCACCCAGACCACCGCCGCUCCCGCCGGCGGCCUAGAAGGCCGGAUCCCACCCGAGCCAAAGGCAAGGGCCGCGCGCAUCCCAACGGCGUCGUCUUCGAACAGGGACCGCUGACCGAAUGGCCGCCGUCCGGCAUGUCCAGUCAAGAAGAGCUCACUCUCGGCCAUGCCAUGGAGCUCGUCUCGCGCGGUGUCCCCGCCCACAAGGGACACAAGCGCCCCGUCCCGCACGCAUCCGAUCACUACUACGCGCUGUAUACCACCUCGGCAGGAAACCAGACCGAAGAGUCCGACGUUGUCAACCUGCACGACUCCAUGACCCAGCUGAUGACCCUUCGUAUGCAGGGUGGCGGUGCAGCCAUCUAUCCCUGGGAGACGCUCGAGCAGCCGAGUUUUGCCUUCUUCUAUGGACAGCAGCCGGGCACCAUCACGUUGAAUCAGUGGGCCUGCCUAUCCAGCAUCAUGCCCCCGGCGAUUGCCCUGAGGGAUUCUGGUGUAACGGCCCGAGAGGUCGAUUUGGCCCGUAUUUUCGAGCGCCUCAAGGAGUUGGAGUCGGGUCUGGAAGACGACGACGAGGACUGGAUGUACAAGAGCUUAUAUCGCCGCUUUCUCCGCGACCCCGACAAAAUGAUGAACCCGCACAAAGGACUCGAGAAGCAGAUUACCGAUCUGAUCAUGGUGCUGUCCCGACCGGACUGGAUCGAUUUCACGAACCCCAAGAACCAGGUUGUCACCCGCUUCAUCUUCGACCCGAGCCAUGCAAGCCAACAUCAGUACAUCAAGUUCUGCCACCAACUUGUGCUCAGCAUGGAGCUGGACCUGCGCAUCAACUCGCGACUGCAUGGCGAAUGGGCCAAGGAGAAAUUACUGCCCCAGCUGCCGCCCACCAUCCAGUGGGAUCUCGCGCUCGCGAGGCGUUGGCGGGAGCACGUGAGGGUUGAGGGAUAUGGCAAGACAGUGGAGCAGAUCAACCUACGCUUCCGACUCAAAAAGCGGCAGAUCAAGAUGCUGCGACGCUUCGCCCAGAUGAUGAAGUGGCCGAACCUGGGUCAAACUCUGGACAAGAUGAAGCAGAGGGACAUGGAGGCGACGCUCGACGUCAUCAGCUCCGACGCCUUGGCGUUCUUCAGCGGCCUCGUCCUCCCCGGGUCCACGUUCCCGUUCCUCAUCAUGAACACCCUCAUCGACAUUGAUCCCGACAAGGCCACCGACUCACUGGCCAUGAUGACGCAUCUCCAUCCUCAUUGCGGGUUUCAGUAUAGGAACAGUUACACCUACUGGACUGCUGCAUCUAUCGUCGGCAAGGUACUCGCUCCAACUUGUCGGUCGCUGGCAGGCUGGGUCGGACCAGCCCGACCAACCGCCGACCUCGGCCGAUCCCAAAUCGCCCGCAUUCGGUCCCGUCGCCCCCGUCAACGCAUGACACCCGAGGACGUGCAGUCGAUGAGCGAGCGGUCCGACCCUCUUGGACCUCCGUCAGAAGUGUUUCCUGUCAAAGAGUACAAGCUUGUGGCCCCGGACGCGGACGACAUAGUCGAUACGGUGCGCAUCGAGCUGCUCAGCUUCAAGGCCGUCCCCGACCGUUUCCAGGAGCCACCGCCGAUGCCGAAAGUGUUUGAUGCAACGGUCCAGUUUGCUGUCGAUGGAGUCUCCUGGCCCAUGCGUCUGACCUACGAUGUUUCCUUCAUCUCAGCGUGGCCUUGUUCGGACGGCCCGCACCCGCUCUUCUUCGAUUACGUCUUUCAGACCGUCAAGGCCGACGAGAUCAUGGACAUUAGGGACUGGGGCGGACUCUACGGGCAAUCUCCAAGCGCGCGAACUUCCAGGACAAGCUCGAAUGCAGGCCCACACACUGCAAGCAGCCAGGAGCAAAUUGACGAGGAGCAAGUGUUGGUGGUGGAGACGUUUGGCGUCAGAGACAAUGAGGUCCUGGCCCGCGCCUGGUGUUCACACUGGGGCCUGAGUGCCGUGAUUGCAGAUAUUCGGAAAACCUGCAUGGCAUGCGCUAUCCGCGAGGCGUACGCGGCAACACUGACGGUUGUGAUUCUCGUGGAUGACCAAGAAUACAACACGGACGACUGA